GAUCAGUCACCAUAUAUGUGUGCCAUCAUUCAAUUGCAAGCAAGUUGAUGAUCCAUAAGGAACUUGUAGUUUAAGCAAUGGAUUGGGUUCAACAUCAGGAAAUCCCCAUCGGUGCACUGCAGGACUCAGAAUCAUCAUGAAUUUGAAUUGGUAGUCACAAUGGGCAAUGAGAUGGGGAACCAAAUCGUCACUGCUGCUCGAGAACAUGAAGAUGAAGAUGCUGCCAACAUGAUGACCCAUUCUUCAAAUUCUCCUGCUACAUCGAAUGUCAUACAUGGUUCCCUUGAUCAUGACAAGCAAACAGUUUUUGAACAGCACAGAGAAGAGAAUACAACUAUCGACAAACUCUCCACAGCUUUGAAUGUGUCAAAUGAUGCAGAACAUCAAAAUGAUGUGAACAGAAAAAUCUUGUCAGCUGAAUCUGAGAUAUCAUAUGAUAACACAGGGUCAGCUUAUGUCGAGCCACCACCAGCAGAUGACAAUCUACAUCAGAAGACAUUAGAUGUGGAAGAUGAGAAGAAGAUACCAGUUUUAGACACAUUGCCUAAAAAUGAAGAAGCAUACUUAAUUCCAUCAGUAGAGAUAAAGUAUGAUGGUGAAGAGAAACAAUCAAGUGUAAAAUGUGAUGAGUUAUCCAGAGGCAUCAUUGGAAAAAUGGCUAGCAAUCUGGAUGCUUCAGGAUCAUAUGAAAAAGAUUAUAAAAUGGAAAUAUCAGCUACCAACCAAACAUUAGAGAAUAAUAAAUCUAGUGAAGAGAGUUUUCUGAUGGGCAGUGAUAAGGCAUUUGAUGAAAAUGAGAAAGAGAUUGGAAAGAAAAUUUCUGUUGCAUGUGACAUACAUGAAUGUGUGUUGCAAUCGAAUAAGAGUUUGUCAACUGAAUCAAUCGAUAUUGUUUUUCUGGAUGCUGUUGGUACUGAAAUUAAAAGCUUGCUUACAGAGAAUGAUCAAAAAGAAAUCAAAGAACUAUCUAGAACAGAACCUCAUGAAUGCCACACAAUCCUAAAUGUGAUUAGUAAUGACUGCGAAGUAGGAAUACUAGAAGAUGUAAAGACAGACAACAUUCAGAUCAGCAAUUUUCAUACUCAAGCAAAGACCAAUAAUCAUAGUCAAAGAAAACAUGAAACAGAGAAAAUUGGCUUAUAUGAUUUAUAUUUUGAAGAACCUAUCCACACAAGCCAAGCAAAAAUGACUGUGACUGUGGAGGAAAACCAACAGGAAAACAAUUCAAGUUUGAUCACUAGGGACUGUGAUAAAUGCACAGAGCAAGAGGAGAUAGUGAAGGGAAAAGAAUUGAUGGAAACUCCAGUCUUAGAUAAAAAGCAAGAACAACAUGUGGAAUAUGUAAAUGAAGAGCAAAACAAGGAAAACAAACUAGUCAGGGACAAUGAAGUCAUUGGGAAAAGACCAUUUGACCCUUCAUUGUUAUUAGAUCCUGUUGCAACAAUGAGCAAAGACAUAGUGAAGGAAACAAAUGAGAAAUUUAUAACAAGUAAAAAAAUAAAUGAGAUGACAAGUUCUAGUGAAGGCUUGAGCAGUGAAACCAAUCCUUUGGAAGACCAUGAUAACACCAUUGGGGAAAGGCUUCACUCAAAACUAACUAAUCUGAUUGAUGAGGUGAGUGGAGAUAUGAUGCAAAAGGAAGAAAGCAACACAGGAAAAGGAACUACAGAAGAAAAAAUUUGCCAUCAAAUUGAAGAAGUGUUUAAUGCAACUAUGUAUGAGAAGGCAGACAUAUGUGAGAUAAAUUUAGUGGAAACUAAGGUACAAUAUUCACCUCUGGCAGAACCAUCCAAUCUGAAAUUCAAUGUUAUUCAGCCAGAUCACAGGUUACCUGAAUGCUCAGAAGAGUUCAAGCAGAAAGAAGUUGCAGAGGAAUCUGAAAUGAUGAAUCAAAAAGAUCUUAGUUCCAGUUCUCAUUUUGGUGAAUGUCUUGACAUUAAUUCAGUGCUCCCAAAUAUUAGAGAAACACUACCUUCACUUCUGUCAGAACAAUCUAAUCUGAAAUUUAAUGUUAUUCAGCCAGAUCACAGGUUGUUUGAAUUUUUUGAAGAGUUUGAACCGAAAAAAGCUGCAGAAGAAUAUGAAAUACUGAAUCAAGAAGAUCUGAGUGAUUGCCUUGAUAUCUAUCCAGAUCUCUCAGAUAUUGCAGAUAAAAAUUAUGAGCAAAAUUUUGAAUUAGAUAUGAAGAAAAGUUCCCAAACUGAGUUAAAUGUAUUGGUGAGCAAGAUCAAAACUCAAGCAGUGCCAAAAGUUGAAGAUGAUGGGAAGAUUUUGGAUUCCGUAGUAAAGACUGAAGAAGAAGAAUGCAGUCUCGCACCUGGAUCAGAUACAGACAGAGACCUUAAAACAUUCCAAACUGCAUCAGUGAGCAAUAUGGAAACUCAAGCAAUGCUGGAUGAGAAGAUUUUGGAUUCUGAUUCUAAGACUGCAGAACCACAAUGUCAUCUCCAUGGAUCUGUAUUUUAUACAGACACAAAUCUUGAAUCAUGUCAAACCAAUAGAGAAUUCACCCUUGAACCAAAUCAAGAUGAGAUAAAUGCAUCAGUGACCAAGAUGCAAAUUCAAGCGAUGCUGAAAGUAGAGGAUGGUGAGAAAAUUAUGGCUUCUUUGAUAGAGUCUAAGACUGUAGGAAAAGAAUGCAGUCUCCAUGCACCUGGAUCUGAUACAGACACAGAUGUUGAAGAAUUCCAAAGCAAGACAGCACUAACCCUUGAACCAAAUCAAGACAAGUUUGAUGUAUGGACUGCCAAUGAUGUAAGUGAAAAACUUGAAAAAUCCAGUGAUGGAACUUUUUUGUUGAAGCAACAAGAUUUGAAGGAAGCUUCAGUAUUCCCUUCAACAGAAGAUGUAAAAGAUCACAUGAAUUCAUCCAGUAGAAAAGCCCAAGAAUAUGACUGCGAUGAAAACACAGAAAGAUGCCAACAUAUUGCAGAAACUGCAGAUGUGAUGCUACAAUCCAACAACAAUGUAUUUGAUAAGAGUCCACUGCAAUCACAAGGAAGACUAAAGGACAAUGACCCUUCUGCAAUGGAAAGAAGUAAUUCCCUGAAACUGCAAACACCACUUCACAGCCUUAUGAAAGAAGCACAUGUUAUGGAGCCACUGGAAAAGAAGGAAGACCUCAGUUUAAACAAGAACAAGUAUGAGGUGUGGAAGUCUUCAGCGGAGGAAUUCAUCGCUACACCAACCAGGGGAAAAGGGAAGCAGAAGCACAGAUCUUCCUUCUUCAGCAACUUCAUGUGUUGCACAACAGGCACAAAUUAAGAGCUCUAUUUUACAACAUAGUUUUGCCUAUAAAGGUUAUUUGCUUUUUUCUUUUUCCAAAUUCUAUUAACUGGAAGAGUUGCAAUAAGAUUGUGAGAUGUUUGUGGUUUCAAUAAGGGGAAGCUGCUAAAUGAUUGGAGAGAAAUAUUGUACUGGAAUGUUCAACUUUUGCUUUGUUUUUGACAAGAUUGUGAAAGGGUUUCA